AUGAAAGCAGAGCAGCGCAUCAAGGAAGCCACGCUGGUGUGUAGCAAAGCUGCUGCGACCGAGAUGAAAAUCAGGACAGCACGCAAGAGCUACGACAAGGGUACGGCGGCUGGACACCUGGUCCGUGGUUUGAGCGCCGACAUUGGCGAAGGAGCCUCUUGCCGAUCUGCCAUCCGCACUGCCCGCAACGUGGUGAAAGACAUCGGUGUGACCCAGGCUCGUGAAAUAGGCGGCUUGCUACCGCUAGCAGGGCUGUCGCAAAACCACAGUGAAAGAGAUUCUCAUUCAUUGCUUGUGAAGAAGCUGAUGCUGUCAUUGCCAAUUCCGAUGACUGAGACUUCCAGUGAUUGCAAAUCUGGUGCAAGGGACACGAAGCACAAGGGCCUUCUAAGGCUUAGCAUCCGGGACUGGGCUCGGUAUUUGCUGCAGACAAACAGCUGGCAUACAUUGGCCGGAUUACGCAAUCCGGAUCCAAAGCGGGAGCAAAAGAUUUGGAAAGCUUUCUGGGAAAACUACAAGCUUCACGAUCCCCAACACUGGGUAUUUAAAGCUGCAGAGGAAAAGAAGUUAGCAUUGGAAAACACAGCAGCAAUCGUGCUCCAUGGGGAUGAGGGGCGCGGUCGCCGCCGCCAAGCAUUUUUUGUGCUGAGCUGGCAUUCUUGUUUGGGACGAGGCUCCACUUUGGCUUUGAGAAAUAAAUCCCUGAAGAAGGUUCGCAAACCGUACUUGAAGAUGGGGUUGAACCUGAAGGGCCACUCCUACACAACCAGAUUCGUCACGGGAGUGUUGCCAAAAAGCCUUUAUAGCGACAGUGACCAAUCCUUUUUCGACCUUUUGGCUGCUGCCUAUGAUGAUGCAAAGCUACUGAGCACUGAAGGUGUGCAAUACGGCGCUGGAGAACGACGCUGGAUGGUGAUGCUACGAACAACUGGUGAUUGGCCAUUUUUGGCCAAAGCCGGGUGCUUGCAAAGGACCUUCGCCAAUGCUGUGAAAUCUGUUAAUCAGGCAUCGACUGGUGUAUGUCAUUUAUGCGAAGCGGGGUUCCCGCACGCCCCACUUGAGCAAAUUGGGACAAGGCGACCUUCGUGGAUGCACACAGUGUCUGCUUCCUCGCCGUUCGGAUCGUGGCCUGAAGCUGGUCGCAUUCUUGACACCCAUGAGCAGCUGGCUCAGCACUUCGCCUACGAUAUUUUCCAUACAUUUCAUCUUGGUGUUGGGCGUACAUUCCUGGGGAGCGUGAUUGCACUUCUUUCUGAUUUAGAAAUUGGGAACAUCGACCAGCGCUUUCAAUGUCUUACCGAAAAAUACCGCACCUGGUGUGCAAGCAACCACCGUUCGACGAUCGUCACGAAACUUACCAAGGACCUUAUCACGUGGGAAACCACGACGGACUACCCCAAAGGUGGAUGGUACAAGGGGGCUUUGACCACCAAUCUUAUGGAAUGGGUGGAAUCGUUAGAGGGCACCACUACAGAUCCUUUGUUGGUUUCCGCUUUUGAAGCGACGAAGAGCAUCAACCGCUGUUUCCGCAUCCUCUAUGCCGAAGAUGCAUUUCUAUCAGCCGACACGGCGAAGCUUACUGGUGAGCUAAUCAGCCGCUUUUUACGCCGUUACGAGCAUUUGGUUCGAGAGACGUAUGAGAUGGAGUGCACAUUGUUUUCGGUACCUCCCAAAAUACACCCCUUGCACCACUUCGCUUUGGAUCUACUCAGGGCUGGACGUGCUGGACACCCAGGAAUCAACCCAUUGCUAUGGUCGACACAGAUGAGCGAGGACCUUGUGGGGCGCCCGUCCCGCCUUUCAAGGCGUGUCGGUACCCGAUGUGUGGUGCAGAGAACUCUCCAACGCUACUUACAAUCCGCUUAUCGGGAGUGGGUGAAAGCAGGAGAAAUCCUCGCUGCAGUGAAGGAUCGCAAGAGCCAGAGGACACUUCGCCAGUUCGCGCUGCCGUCUACACGUACAACCUUGGGGGCUACGAGGAGCCGCGUAGUCGCCAAGUACCUUGUGUACCGUCGAAUGCGGCCCCACUGCACUGAGCGACUGCUCUUCCUCUUUAGCUUGUGGGCUUUCUUUUACAAGUUUGCGGAUGUUAGUUCUGCAGAUUGGGACAUGCGGCUUUACAGUGCCCACGUUUCAGUCUAUUGUGACCUUCGUGGUGUGGAUGCAUUCUUGUUUCUGGAUGCGACCACUAAGAAGAAGGCCCCGAAGGCGGCGCUGACGCACUGGCAGCGACAAGGCUGGCAGAUCAAGAUCGUCCCGCUGGAAAAGUCAACACGCUAUGUGUCAGCUGAGAGACUUACCUCCAAGUCCUUGAAGUUUGCGCCUCCCUCGUGGCUUCUGUCGGGCAAGUGGGACUGGCUGAUUGGCUAUGAUCACGACAUGACGAUCAAUUUGCAAAAGCUGCCCGAGUUUCUCUCGAAUCACGACAACAAGCCGCUGCUGAUGCUGAAGUGGUACUGGAGGAACUGUGACAACGACGCGUUCGACUGUAUGCUCUGGGAGAUGGACGACAUGCUGACGAAGCGUCCGGAGUAUGUUCGAUCCUCGCGCAAGAAUAUCGAGCACUGGAAGGACUUGAUGACUACCAUGCAUCACGCCGCAAAGCCAUUCACUCCGCUGCAUUACUUCGAAAGCUGCGUGAUCUUCCGCAACUUGAAUCACGAGCGCGCAGGGGAUGUGAAGACGGCCUUCGAGAGAACAUACAACAUGUCUCACGACAUCCAGCGCGAUCAGUUCCUGGUGCCAUACUACUUGUGGAGAGACGGCUUGAGUGCGGAGCUCGGGGCCAUGCACCUCAGUGAGCUGCAGCAGGAGCUGGACUUCUGCAGUGUGCCCACGAAGCGCAAGCGUAAUUGA